UUUUGACUUUGCAUUUUGCAAACAUUGCAAAAAUAUACCUAUCUAUCUAGAACUCCUGUUGUAUUAUUGUUAAAUCAAUUUUAAAUUACAUUACGAAAGAGAAUUAAAACAGCCUAAAAAUAAUGCGAUAACAUAUUUUAGUAGAUCUUUUGUUACAGUACAAAAUAUACUACAAAAAUGGUGUCUAGAAGUUUAACUGAGGUGUUUGUAUUAAUGCGAAAUAAUGCUAUUCACAGCCGAAAUCUCUUUUCAGAAUCGGGAUAUGAUAAUGAUCAUGAAGGAGCUAUGCUAAUGAAAGCAACAUCAGAUGAUAUAGAAGCCGGGCUAGAUAUGAGAAUAGAAGUUAAUCCGCCAAUCUGGAGUGAUUCCUUAGAGGAAGCGCAUUAUAUUAUAUCAAGGUUAAAAACAAAAAUAUCUGAGCUACAAAGUCGUCAUGAUCGACAGAUACGACGACCAGCCUUAGAUGACAGUGGAGAGCAGCAGCACAUUGAGAGACUUGCUGCUGAUAUAGGCAAGCACUUUACACAAGCUCAUGCAAGAAUCACAAAUAUCAAAGCACAGGUUCGUCAUGGAAACAAAUCAGAACAAAAACUUGCAAACAAUGUGGUAUUAGCUUUAGUGACAGCAUUACAGGAUUUAAGUAUAAUAUUUCGAACAGCACAAUCAAACUAUCUCAAGUCUCUUACAUCAAGAGAAGAACGAUCAAAGGCCUACUUUGACUUACCAAACUUUGAAGAACUUAGCUUAAAUGAUAAUGACUUAACACCAGGCCUUACAAACAAUCAAACAGACUUACUAUUUUCUCUACCUAGUACUUCAAAUUAUGAAGAUGAGAACCAUCAAAAGCAAUUGCUACUCAUGGAAGAAGAAAACACUACAAUGAUUGCAGAAAGGGAACAAGAGAAAGUUUCAAUUGUAGUAAUAAUGGUUUUGCUGAUUGCAUUAGUUGCUGCCCGACCAUAUGAAUUUGAUGAUGAAGGCCAGGAAGUGGAUAGAAGAGGCGAAGUUCCUAGAGUUCAAAUCAAGGUAUACAGAGGACCAACAAAACAUGAUGGCCAUGCUCCUUGGGGAUUCUGGGUGAAACAGCCAUCGGAUGAUAAAUAAUUUCAAAAAACAUUGAAGAUAGAAUUAUAUGUUUACAGACAAGACAUACGCAAGUCAUAAUUUGCGCUAAUUCUCACUUUAAAUAUUAACCAGUCUUUAGCUUUAAACUUAAAUGAAAAAGAAAAGUAUUUAUUUUUACCGUAACAAUACCUACUCUAUUCAGUCAACUAAAAAGUAUUAAUUUCCUUAGGUUGUCUUUUAAGAAAUAUUCUGGCAAUUUCUUUAAAAAAAUAUUCAAUGUGUCUGUGUGAUUUUGUUUUAAAAUGUCUCAAUAUGUAUUGUUACCAAAGAUAUCCAGCAAUGUGAAAUAAUGGAUACUAAAGUUGGAAAAAUCCGAAAUAAAAAAUAAAGCAAUUUUUUUUAAA